CUGGGCAUGAAUGCCACUCGUUGCGUGUCCCUAUAAUUUGGAGAGGUGUAUGCAGCGCACGGCCCGUUCGCCUUUCCAGGUGGAAAUCCAGGAGGAGCUGAGAGCAAUUUUAACUGGGAGGACUGGUGAACCCGGUUCAGGACAGGUGAAAUUCCCAGCAGGCUGCUUUGAGACUCAGGAUCGAUUCAGAUGUAGGGAAAUACCCAACAGCGUAUCUCUGCUCGGGUCAUGGAUGAAGGCCAGUGGCUACACCGAGGAGGUUUAACUACAACCAGUUGAAUUAUCACUGACUCAGAUCACUCAUUUGGGAGAUCACAGGGAUAUUCCCAACCUUUGGAUUCAUCUUGUCAUACAAAAAAAACCCCAAAAAACCAACAACAACAACAAAAAAACAUUUUUUUUUUGCAGUUGAAAAAAAUAUACAAUGAAAAACGAAGCAAAGCGGGAGGAGUCGGUCAUACUGCUGAUUUGAACGAGCGAACCAUCCGACAAGUUAAGGAUAUAAAGAAAAGGCGCCGACAUGAAGGAGAAAUCCAAAACGGCCGCAAGGACUAGACGGGAAAAGGAAAACAGUGAAUUCUAUGAACUGGCUAAAAUGUUGCCUUUACCGUCGGCCAUCACAUCCCAGUUAGACAAAGCCUCCAUAAUAAGACUGACAACAAGUUACCUGAAGAUGAGAAUUGUUUUCCCCCAGGGUCUGGGUGAAGCUUGGGGUCACUCAAGUCGAACGAGAUCCUUGGACAACAUUGGACGAGAGCUGGGAUCUCAUUUACUGCAGACGUUGGACGGAUUCAUCUUCGUCGUGGCCCCAGAUGGGAAGAUAAUGUACAUUUCAGAGACAGCGUCGGUCCAUUUAGGACUGUCUCAGGUAGAGUUGACUGGGAACAGUAUUUAUGAAUAUGUCCAUCCUGCCGACCAUGAUGAGAUGACAGCUGUCCUCACCCCACAUCAGCCUUAUCACACACAUUUCGUGCAAGAAUAUGAAAUGGAACGCUCCUUCUUUUUGCGGAUGAAAUGUGUGCUGGCAAAAAGAAACGCGGGGCUUACCAGUGGUGGAUACAAGGUGAUCCACUGCAGUGGCUACCUGAAGAUCCGUCAGUACAGUUUGGACAUGUCACCUUUUGAAGGAUGCUACCAGAAUGUGGGCUUGGUGGCUGUGGGUCACUCUCUGCCUCCCAGCGCCGUGACUGAGAUCAAACUGCACAGUAACAUGUUCAUGUUCAGAGCCAGCUUGGACAUGAAACUCAUCUUCCUGGACUCCAGGGUAGCUGAGCUGACAGGUUAUGAGCCCCAGGACCUCAUCGAGAAAACGCUGUACCAUCAUGUCCACAGCUGUGACAUCUUCCACCUCCGCUGUGCACACCACCUCUUGCUGGUAAAAGGCCAAGUCACAACUAAGUACUAUCGGUUCCUUGCCAAACACGGCGGCUGGGUCUGGGUCCAAAGUUAUGCCACUAUCGUCCACAAUAGCCGAUCCUCAAGGCCUCACUGUAUCGUCAGCGUCAACUAUGUCCUCACGGACACUGAGUAUAAAGGAAUGCAGCUGUCUUUGGAUCAAAUGAGCCCCAGCAAGCCAGCCUUUCCCUACGCUGACAGUCACAGUGAAGACAGAAAGAGCACCAAGUCACGUCUGACCCAGUCGAAGGCCAAAGCCAGAGUGUCACCCUACCCACAGCAAUUUUCAGCUUUUAAUCCAGAGCGUUCAGAGUCUGACCAAGACAGUCAGUGGGGAGGGAGCCCACUGACAGACUCUGCCUCUCCUCAGCUGUUGGAUCCCAGUGAAGCUACGGAGGCUUCUUGUGCCUACAGAUUGUAUCCAGAAUCGGGCUCCCUGUGCUACGGCCUGGGUCUAUCGGAAGAGGAUCUUGCCCAUGCCCAAACGCAUCCUCACACCACCACCUGUGAUCGUGUUCGAUGCCAGAGUGGCCGCUACUUCCUGGGCCCCCAGUCGGGAAGAGAGAUGUGGUGGGACACCACACGCUCUGUUCUCUCAUUGCCAAAAUUCUCAGUGGACAACAGCGAGGGCUACGAAAUAACAUCCUACCAUGGCGCCAUUCACGGACGGGGCCACUGGGACGAAGACAGCGUAGUGAGUUCACCUGACGGAGGUGGGUCCACCAGUGAUUCGGGCGAGCGUUACCACGGUGACCAAUUCCAAGCGAGCCCUCGAGAGCCCAGCAAGAUGGAGACCCUGAUCCGUGCCACACAGCAAAUGAUCAAAGAGGAGGAGAGCCGUCUACAGCAACACAAGAUGCCACUGGAUGUCUCGGGCCUCACCAAAACUCACAGUCCCUGUUUCACCUCCUCCCUACCCCAUCACUCUCAGCUUACUAUGCCCAGCGUGGUAUGCCGUGGCCCCGGAGCCCCCAGCAUCGACCUCCCUACCGAACGCCUCCAUCACCGAGACAGCAUCAAAGUUCUUGGCCCCAAUGAAAAUGAUGAAAACACGACGAGUCCUGCUUCUUUGUCUCGUCUCAGCAGCCCCAGCUCUGACGGAAUCCCCAGAUCAGGCCUCUCCCUCACCAAAGACUACAUGCAGACAGAUAUGUCCCCACACCCUCAACAACCCCAGGGAAGUCCGCUGAUCUAUCCAGCACAGGAGAGGCAGCCACUGGACAGGCAGGCGGCGUAUGCCUUGACUGGGUACUCCCUUGAGCAUCUGUAUGAUCCGGAGAGCUUGCGGAGUUACUCCAGCUUGGCCUGUGGAGGAGUGCAGUAUGAUGUGGCAUCUCAUGUGAGAAUGCAGGCUGAACAAAUACAGGGACAUAAAACCACCUCAGUUAUCAUAACCAAUGGAAGCUGACGAUAUCUGGUGAAGAUUGAGCCAGCUGUCUAAAAGAGGAUGUUACCAUGGGUAGUGAGGUUGUAGGCAUUUGCAACCAGGUGCUCCACACAAAAGCUGAGACACUGACAAAAGGAUACAAGGAACCUGUGUGGCGCUGACUUGCCCUUGGUGAUCCAUUCAGCACAACUUGUGUUUGUCAGGCCUUUCUCUUUUCUUUGUCAUUAGAGAAGUUUCUUUUUUCCCCCAAGACUCUAAGAAGCUAGUGUUCAGGAACUGACUUUUUGCAUACUGCCUGACAAAUGGAGAAAGUUUGCUCCAUUACAUAACAGAGUUGUCUUAAAGGCAGUAAACUAACUUUCCCUCCCUGCAAAAGCUGGUUAAACAUCAAUCCAGUGUUUCUAUUCCAAACCUCUCAUGCACCAUUGGCCAUGUUUCUUAACCUGACCUGUACAUGAUUUCCAAAGGCAGUAAGAAAAUGUGUUGUUCCAUAGCCGUUUCACCUGAAAACUCCAGAGCACAGACCAUACUGUCUGACACGUGAAGUGCAACAUGGAAAAGGCUAUUGACUCACUAUUGUAAGAUGUCAGUGUUUCCUGGUAUUUAUUUGUCAGUGAGCUGUUUUUUGUAUGUGUCAUUAUUUUCUGUCCAAGUAGAAUAUUUCACUGGUGGCAUUAAAUUAGUUUUGGUGUUUGGAUCACACCAUUAUUACAAUAUUUAAAAAAAAAUAAAGUGAAAAAACAGAAAGAGAAACAUGCCUCUGAUAUGGAAAAGUGCAAAAUAUCCAGGUCAACUUGAAACUGGUUUAUGGAAUAUGUGAAAUGCCCUCAUUUAGUGUGCGAAAAGAUGUUUCCAAACUCACUCAUUUUUACACUCAUCUCCCCAUGCCCUCUAAAUAUAGGCAUUGUAUAUUUACUUGCAGUUUUAGCUAUUAAUGCUUACAUAUCAGAGUAUGAUUUCUUCUGUUUUUACAUCACUUAACUUUUACCUGACCUAUUAGCAUAUGUAAAAUAUGCAGUAAAAGUCUAUAAAUUCUGUUCCAUGCGUUGUAAAAAUAACCGUGGAUUAAGGCCACAGGUUGUGGCUGUUUUUUUUUUUGUUUGUUUGUUUUGUAGAAUUCUAUGAAAACUUUUUCUUCAGACUUUUUUCUUAGAAUUCCAUUUUUUUUCUCAGAACUCUAGAAAAAAAAAAUCUAAUAUUCUGACAGAAUUCCGAGGAAAAAAAUGAAAUCCUGGAGAAAAAAAGUCAUAUUGUCAUUGUUUUUCCCAGUGGCCCUAAUCCUCUUCCUUAAUUUUUAAUUGUUUUGAUUUGUUAUGAGUUGUAUUGAAUGCUUCAAACAUAUCUUAAAUAAGUUGAAAGUCUUUAGUUUCUUAUUUAAUUUAUGAUGUAAAUAUCAAACAAGGAACUUUUUGAACAGGAAACGACAAAAUUAUUUAUUAAUUGGUUUAAAAAGUCCUUAAAUCUGAAUACAGUUGUAAACAUAUA